GGGAGAUGAGGCUAUUUUUGUUUGAAGCUGAUACUUCUAGCUGAGCCACAAGUACUGCUUGGAAAGGGCUUAGGUUGUUUCCAGGGGGAGAACUCUGCAGAGAAGAGGCAAAGUUCAACAGGACCACGAAAAGCAGCUGAAAACAGCCAGGAAGAGCAAGAGCCCUCCGCUAGCCCUCUACCAGAGUUCAAUAAUCCUACCAUAUUCUGCAAAGCACCACUUGACUGCAACUUUUCAACCUGAUUGACUUCUGCAUCCACCAUGACUGAGAUCACCGCUGAAGGAAGUACAUCUACAACAACAGCUGUGAUAGACAACAAAAAUGGAUCUGUGCCCAAGUCCCCUGGAAAGGUGCUGAAGAGGACUGUCACGGAAGACAUCGUGACAACCUUCAGCUCUCCUGCAGCCUGGCUUCUGGUCAUCGCUCUGAUAAUCACAUGGUCAGCGGUUGCUAUCGUUAUGUUUGACUUGGUGGAUUACAAAAACUUUUCAGCAAGCUCCAUUGCCAAGAUUGGCUCAGAUCCUCUAAAGUUCGUAAACGAUGCUGUGGAGGAAACCACUGACUGGAUCUAUGGCUUCUUUUCCUUGCUUUCUGACAUCAUCUCAUCUGAAGGUGAUGAGGAGGAUGAGGAUGCAGAUGAAGACAUUGAUAAAGGAGAAAUAGAAGAACCUCCCUUGAAAAGAAAAGAAAUGCACAAUGAAAAGGCUGAAAAGCAGGAGAAACCAGAGAAGAAAAUACAAACUAAAGUUUCACAAAGAGAAAAGGAAAAAGGAAAAGAAAAAAUCAAAGAAGGAGAAAAACCCGAGAAGAAAGCAACCCACAAGGAGAAACUUGAGAAAAAAGAAAAAGGAGAGACAAAGACAACGGCAAAAGAAGAGAAGAAAGCUAAGACUAAGGAAAAGACUGAAGAAAAGACCAAGAAGGAAAUGAAAGUCGGGAAAAAGGAGAAAGGGAAGCCAGCAGCUGCAAAAGUGAAAGAAACUCCUUCAAAAACCCCACCAAAAGCCAGAGAGAGGGAUGACAAAGAGACCACAGCUGUGCCUGAGCAUGAACAGAAAGAUCAGUAUGCAUUCUGUCGAUAUAUGAUUGACAUGUUUGUCCACGGGGAUUUGAAGCCAGGACAAAGCCCAGCCUUACCACCACCAUCACUGAAAGCACCAGUUUCUAGAUCUGCUCUGUCAACACCGGCUCCUGAAGAAAAAGAAGAGGAGGCAAAGAAAGCAGAGAAGAAAGUUACUUCUGAAACAAAAAAGAAAGCAGAAAAAGGAGAAGCCAAAAAGAAAAGUGAGAAGGAACCCGACCCUGAUGUGAAAAGCAAAGAGCCAGGCAAAUCUCCUGAAGCCAAACAAACAACUGCAAAAGUCACAGCACAAGCAGCAGCUAAAAAAGAUGAGAAGAAAGAAGAUUCCAAGAAAACGAAAAAAACUCCAGAAGAACAACCCAAGGGGAAAACAAAGUCACCAAAAAAGGAACAUCCGGCUCCAAGUGAAAAACACGGGAAAAUAAAAGCUGAACGAUCCAAAGAAGAGAUUGCUGCUGCCUCAACCAAAAAGGCCGUGCACGGAAAGAAAGAAGAGAAAUCCAAGACAGUGGAGCAAGAAACGAAAAAAGAAAAAUCUGGGAAAAGUUCUUCUGUUUUGAAAGACAAAGUACCUGAAACUAAAAAAGGUGAAAUGAUCUCCAAAGCAGGCAAAGAUGCAAAGCCCAAACCACCACAGCCACAAGUGAAAAAAGAAGAGAAAUCAGAGCCACAAAUUAAAAAGGAAGCAAAACCAGCACCGUCUGACAAAGGUCAAGUACGCAAACACGACCAUCCCAAACCGGAGCAAGUUACUCCUCAUGGUAAACCAGAACAGAAGGUUUUCAAGCAGGUAAAAGCUAUCACAGCGGAAAAGACAGAAAAAGCUGAUCCUCAAGAUAAAGAGCCUCAGUCUAUUAAAACAGAAAAGCCUAAGCCAUCUUCAAAAGGAACAUCAGAAGUCACAGACUCAGGGAAGAAGAAAACUGAAAAAUCUGAAAAGGAAAAUAAAGAAGAUUCCAAAGACACAUCAGCUUCAAAGAAAGACAAAGAAGAUUCCAAAGAUGCACCAGUUUCAAAGAAAGACAAAGAAGUAACUGAUGAGGUACCUUCCCCAAAGAAGCAAAAAAAUCCGAUCAGUUUCUUCCAAUGUGUCUACUUGGAUGGAUACAAUGGCUAUGGAUUUCAGUUUCCUGUCACUCCUGCCCAACGUCCUGGAGAAAACUCUGGGAAACCCAACUCUCCAGGACAGAAACAGCAAGGACAAUAGACACCCGUGCAUGACCCUGACAACUGCAUUAGGGGGUGAAAAUUGAAUCUUCUCUUUAGUCCACAGUGGCACAGGCAAUUGAAACUAUCCAAUGCUGAGAUUUCAUUGUAAACAUUCUACCUUUCUGCCUGGCAUAGAGAGAUGGUGUGGACAAAGGGGUUGACUAAUAAGCAAAUGUGUUGGAGGGUCUAAUGCUUAAGAAUCUUCAUGUGUGUCUGCUGCUGUGGGACGGGUACUUACAUUUAGCUGUUUCUAGUCAUUGUAUGGUUGUAUACCCAUUAAAGUUUAUUUUGUAUUGGUCUUCUAAAUAUAAUUGGGUAAUUGGCCCAUUACAAAAUGAAAUUUCUGGCUUCAGGUAGUUUUUAAAGUGGUAACAGACUAUGUUCUAGGUGUAAAUGGUAGAGGAGCGUGAAUAAAAGUUGCUCUUCUGAAUCAUGGGAGUAAACUCAGUUUACUCAAAGACCUAUGUGCAUCAUUAUAUUCGUGUCUGUUUCUAGUUCAGUUGUGGCAAGGUUCUACAACAGUUAUGACUUACACCAGAGUGUUGUAAGUCCCUUGUCACAUUCUUAAAACUCAAAGUAUCAGACAGACAGGACAUGACAAGGAACAGAUGCUUGACAAAUCUUAUUUUUGAGGUUUGUCUUGAGCUACAAUUUAGACAUGUGGACAUGUACUUGUAGUAAAGCAUGUCUAGCAAAUCAUUCAUUUAAUACGGGAAUGAGGAGAUGUGAAAUUAUCACAUGUCUCCAGAUUAUGUCCCAGUGAAAACAUCACCUGGGUGAAGGUUUAGAUAAAUCAAUAAUCAUGCGUGACCAAGGCAAACAUAAUUUUAUUUCUCAAUACAUUCUUUCUGUAAAAUUAAAUGUUUUCUUUUUCAACUGAAAACAAUACAAAUGCUGUAAAAGUUCAAGUGAGACAUUUUGGUCCUAGAUAUGUUCAUGAGGUGUCUUACUUUCUUUUGACUAAUUGGACAUUAAUGCCAAUUAAAUUAAUGGCAUUUUUUAACUUACUCAUCCAUGUCCAUCACUAUAAAUAACAGUUGAGAGUGUUCAUCUUCCUGGUGAUACACUCAGUUUUAAUGAACUUUUCUUAUCAACUUUAGAAAAUGUGUCUGUAAUUUUUCAGCACAUUUCCAGUUGCAGCUGAACCUAUGACAAAUUAGCUCAGGAAAUGGCUUACCAUUUCUGGCACUAUCAUCAACUCAGCAUUGACUGAGCUACUCAGUGAAUGACCUAGCCAUGUGAUUGGUUUUCAAGCAACGCAACCAACUACAGUUCUUGAGAUCCAAAAUACAGGUCAGUUUUAUCAAUCCCCGGGUAAGGUGUGGAUUAUAUAUUCAGCAUUAAUGUUGGAACAUCAGUAACUUUUGUAAGAAAGUUAGUUUUAACCAGAUGCUGACAGACUUAAUUCACACCACAAAAGCCAACACCACAAUGAACUAGAUUCAUGGAACCAUUUGGAGGGGAAGGGAAACCUAGAAAUACAUCAUUUCACAUCUGAGCAGAUGGUACCAUCUUGCAAAGUCCCUUCAUUCAGCAAUUCAAAAUUACAAGGAGGACAGUGGAUAAAGUGUUCCCUUUAGAUGCAGUUUCAUCCAUGCAAUUUCCUGAAUAAAGGAAGAGAGAGCAAAUGUGAUAGUUGUUUUAAAAUUCACAUAACAGGAUGGUUUAUCCACUAUGUUAGCCUUCAGUGACUGUGUACCAAGCGCUUAGUCUUUCAACUCUGUGUCAGGUACUAUACUGUGUAACAAAAUACAGCAAUAGAUUUUACUUAGUGCUAUUCUGGCACAGUAGAUGACAUUGGAAAAUUUACUAAAAGGACUGAAUCUGUAUCUCCAUGUGUAAAGGAGAAGCAUCAAAACAAACAGCUCAAUGCUUCACAGAUUUACUGUGGAGACAGAUAGGUGUCUUAAUAUGGAUAUGUUUGAAAACAUUUUCUGAAAUUUUGUUUUUGGAGAUGACACUAAUUUUAUCUCCAUGGACUUUUAAAUAUCAUCGUCUAUUUUCUUUAUGAAACAAAUUGAUAAAAAAUUAACAGAUGCUAUUUAAAUGCAAUUGUAGAUUUAGAGAAACCAAUUAUGGUGCAAUUAACAUUAACAAUAAUUGUUAAAGUUUGUCUAAAAUUUCAAUGAUGAUUAUAAUUUGAAAAUAUCAU